CAGGACCCCCCCUGGCCCUCGUCCGGCCCCAGCUCGCCCCGCGGGGCCGGGGGGGACGCGUGGGGCUCGGCGCCGGCCGCGCUGCGCACCAUCGAGACCUUCGUCCGCAAGGCCAAGUCCUCCAAGAAGCGCGCCCUGGCGCCCCCGGAGUCCGCCAUCCUGGACAAAAUGCGCCUCAAAGACUCCCUGUUCGACCUGCCCGCCCCCCAGAGCAGCCCGGGGCCGCCCCCCCAGAAGCGCCGGGAGCGCCGGAACCGCCGGGGGGACGCGGGCGCGGGCGGC